UCAGAAGUUUCUCUCUGCGUUACUCAGAAGAUUAUGUUUCUUAUGAAGCCUUCUGUGUUCAUCUUUCUUUUCACCUGUGUCUUCCAACUCAGCCACCCCUGGUCCGUGAACAAUUUCCUGAUGACUGGCCCCAAGGCUUACCUGAUCUACUCCAGCAGUGUGGCAGCUGGCGCCCAGAGUGGCAUCGAAGAAUGCAAGUAUCAGUUUGCCUGGGACCGCUGGAACUGCCCUGAGAGGGCUCUGCAGCUGUCCAGCCACGGAGGACUUCGCAGUGCUAACAGGGAGACCGCGUUCGUACACGCCAUCAGCUCUGCUGGGGUCAUGUACACUCUGACAAGGAACUGCAGCCUCGGGGACUUCGACAGCUGUGGCUGCGACGACUCCCGGAACGGGCAACUGGGGGGCCAGGGCUGGCUGUGGGGAGGCUGCAGCGACAACGUGGGCUUCGGAGAGGCCAUCUCCAAGCAGUUCGUGGACGCGCUGGAGACCGGGCAGGACGCGCGCGCGGCCAUGAACCUGCACAACAACGAGGCUGGCCGCAAGGCAGUGCGAGGCACCAUGAAGCGCGCGUGCAAGUGCCACGGCGUGUCCGGCAGCUGCACCACGCAGACCUGCUGGCUGCAGCUGCCCGAGUUCCGCGAGGUGGGCGCGCACCUGAAGGAGAAGUACCACGCGGCGCUCAAGGUGGACCUGCUGCAGGGCGCGGGCAACAGCGCGGCGGGCCGCGGCGCCAUCGCCGACACCUUCCGCGCCAUCUCCACGCGCGAGCUGGUGCACCUGGAGGACUCCCCCGACUACUGCCUGGAGAACAAGACGCUCGGCCUGCUGGGCACGGAGGGCCGCGAGUGCCUGCGGCGCGGCCGCGCGCUGGGCCGCUGGGAGCGCCGCAGCUGCCGCCGGCUGUGCGGGGACUGCGGGCUGGCGGUAGAGGAGCGCCGCGCCGAGACGGUGACGAGCUGUAACUGCAAGUUCCACUGGUGCUGCGCCGUCCGCUGCGAGCAGUGCCGCCGCCGCGUCACCAAGUUCUUCUGCAGCCGCGCGGAGCGGCCGCGGGGAAGCGCGGCGCCCGGGCUGGGGCUGAAGCCCUGAAGGCCCUCUCCUGCUUCCUCCCCCUUUGUUCUGGGCUUCUGUUAAGAGAUUCCAGGACUAGGGGAACCUCGGGAUCCGGGGCUCCCAAACGCUGAGACCCCGAGGGAAAGACUGCCUUCUCCCCGAAGCUUGCCACUUGCCAGAGGGUUUUCCGGCUCCUCUGCGCUCUCUUCCUAGAGCUGGGUCCGAAGCGUCCUCUCAGCUCACAAGCAGGUCUGAGAACUGUGCUGAUACCGAGCUACACAUCCUCCUUGGGCUAGGAAGAGUCUAGGCCUCCGGCCCCUAGGUCCCUAAUGCUGUAGGCCUGGCCUCCCUAUCAAGCCUUAGGAGAGGAAGGACCCUUCUCAGCCUCGCAGGUGCAGGUAAAGCCAAGCAUUUCUCCGCUUGCUGUCUGCCACCACGCCUGCACCAGCCGCUGACUCUCCUCCUCCAGUGCCCUGCCACUGCUCCUGAGCCCCUGUUGUCGCAGACUCCACACGAAUGUCUGGCACUUUCCCUCCUCCAUUUCUAAGCAGAAACGAGGAAAUAGGCCUGGGUUUGAACAAGCAUGCCUUCGGAGUUGGUUCCUGGCUCAGGGGUUGAACAUGGGAAGGAGGCCCAGGCUCCCAACCCCUGCUUCACCCCUUCAUGGAGGGCCUCACCAGCGGAAAGUGACUGCCUCAAUCACCCAGAAUACUCCACACACAGUCAAGAGGCCUGGGGACUUGCAAGGACAGAGUACCAGGCAUUUCCUGCCCUUCAAAGCUAGCUUUCCCUGCUCCUAGUCUAUUUCCUCCUAGCAACCAAUCUUCACUUUUUCUCCUUCCCCAAAGGAGCCAACACAGAGGUAAAUAAACCCAGUUUCCCUUUUGGACCCUAGCCUGCACCUCUGAAGGCAUACCACAGGAGGGACAAGCUGGUUCUCAAUAGGCACUGGACAC